UGGAAAUGGUUGAUUUACAUAUUGAAAUAUUGUCGGUGGAAGUAUGUUGACUAGAAACUGCAAUAUAGCACAGGACAGAAGAAUUUCGUUAUCGCAGUCUAAAUCCAGAGACUCUUCAGGGAGUGGGGCCGGUAAAGUAGAUAUGAAAUGGCAAAAGAUGUAACACAAUUGGAUGAACCUGAUGUUGUCCAUAUUAGUUGAAUCAGUAAGAUUCUGCGGCGCACUGAUUUGUGUGCAGUUUGCUGCCAUUAAAAAAAAAUGAAAUUCAAUACCAUUGACCAAUCUGCAGAGCUUACUAUUAUUUGUAUUUGUGAUACAAAUCAUACAAUCAGUAAAAGUACUUGCAUGAAAUAAACUUGAAAGGUGACUCUCCAAACGCGUACCAGGUACCUCCUAUCUUUAGCGAGAAACUGCAUUAAUCCCUCUCAUCUGUAGUCGCUCAUUGUUAGAUCAAAUGCUUUGGUAAAAUGAACAGUGCGAGCACGUAAUCACGCAUUUAUGUCUAUUGGUGGUAGCACGACUUGAGCGUUAAAAUUUUAAGAGUUACGUAACUCUUUUCACGAAAAAGACUUCUUUUAUUCUAUUCUUUGUUGAAUUUCAUUAUAAUGCCAGCAUAUUUAUAGUCGGGCACUAAAACCUGAAAUAUCACAAACAGGCUUGGGCGUAUCGAAAGGAGCAACUACUAGUACUCAAAAGGAAAAUCCACUGUUUUGCAAUGUCGAAAGUUUGGAGGCCGUGGGAUGAGCCAGGAACUUCUCAAACUACUUCGAAGAAAACAGAAAGGCUGAAGAAAACACCGGGAACGUCCGAGAUGUCAGUUAUUAAAGAAGCAUGGAUCAGUGAAAGAACCAGAGGUUGGGAAGCAGUAGCAUUAUGCGCCAAAGAGUUGAUUUUAAGCUCCCACCAAGUGCCACCAGAGGUUWAGACCUACUACRAGAAGUCUAAGYUAACCGCCAUUGCGUCCAGGUGCCAGAGGUGCGUUAAAAGUAAUGUCCAUGUUGUGAAUGCGGAAAAGCAAAGUAAUACACGCGAAAGAGCAAGUGACGAACAAAAGAGCAAGAACGAAAGUUCUAUCCAGAAGAAAGACAAGGAGCCCCACAAGCUUUCACAGAAACCGCAGACAUCGUUUUUAGGUGAUAGCUCAUGUGACGAGAGAAAUGCCGAUAUGCGAUAUGCUGACAUUCAAUAACCAGAAGAAAGAAGAGAUAGAGAAAGWCGAAACGAGCGAAAAAGGAAAGAAAAAAAGAGUGACGAAAAAAGUGAUAGCGAUAGAAGUGACAGCGACGAGCCACGUACCAAGAAAGCCAAAGACAAGUCCAAGUUGCGGAGAGAGGCUCUUGAAAAGCAUUCUUUGAUGUGUAAUGCGGCUUUAAGUACAAUGCAGAAAAUGCAAGGGCUUUUCGAUAAAAUUGAAAAUAAAUUUGAAAAUUUASAGUUGUAAAAGGAGUGAGAGCGAGAGACAAAAAAGUCGUGUCUAGCUAUCGUUAGCGUUCCUAGGAAUUUUCUGAAUAGUGUUAAGACUGGUGUGUGUUUUAGUGUAAAUGAAAAUAUGUCGCUUUCUAAGAGUUGUGCAUUUCAUAUGUUUUAUGAAAUUCUUGUAUUGACCAUAAAGAAUUGAUUUGUGUAAAAAUGGACUUUUUUUUUCUUAGACCAUUACAAUGACUUUCCCAGCUGUCUUAGUCAUGCAAAUAUACGGUUUUCACGAGUUCACACCCGCGUAAAACGUAGCGUAAAAU